UAUCAAAUUUCCCGAAGGAGGCCGGCCCGCUGGAGAGCCCUUGCGAUUUGGAAGCCCUCUGGAGAGGGAGAGCCCUGGCGAUUUGGAGACCCGCUUGGAGCACUGCUGCGACUUGAAGAAGGAGAAGAUGGAAGCCCUGCUGCUGCUGCUGCUGCUGCUGCUUGGUUAUCGCACACACACCGGCGUAAAUUUUCUCAGUAUAUUGCCGUAGAUGUUUCUACAGAAGCUACGACAAGCCAAGAAGUGGCAGAACAGAGUCUUGCAAAAGUACACUGCUGAUUCGUCUGGGUCUUGGUCUUACGUUGGUCAUGGAAAGGUUAGACUUUAUGCCACUGGUCUCUCUCUCAUCACUGAACGAUCCUCUUGUAUGUCCAGUUUCCACAUUCAACACCCUCGGUUUCCAAACCCCAUGAAUGUUUUUUAUCCUGGUUCCCUGCAAGGUAUAAUAAGAUUGAGCUCAAAUUACAAGACUAAUUCAGUUAAGAAGACAUUUUCCACAAAUAGAAAUGAUAUGAGAAGUGGGACUUCAACUUUGGGUAAGUUGAGUGUAGCCUUGAAUAGGGUGAGGAACAUUUCAAAGUCUGAAGCAUCACAGCCAUAUGAAGAUGGGAAUUUUGAUUUGCUUAUGGAAUCCGCAUUCUCAAGUUCAUUGUUGGGUAAUGCUAGCAAUGUGGAGAAAUCUAACUGGAAAAACAAGGAUGAGUUGACGACUUGUUCUACUACUUUUUAUAAUGAUGUAGAAGACCAUGAUAUCAAUGGAGCUUCCCAGCCAAAGGAACUGAAUAACAAUAAAAGGAGCCAAGAUAAUGUCAUUUUAGAGAAAACUGGCAGGAGGUUCGACGGAAAGGUAAAAUCUACUAAAAUAAGUAAUGUUUUGGAAUUGAGCAGAUACAAGAUGUGCAUUGAACAUAUACAAGAUCAUUCGAAAAAUUAUGGAAUUGGCCUCUCCCAUUGUCUUGUACUCUCCACUCUUAAGAAAUCUCCUUCUGACCUGAUUGCUUUAAGCCUUUUCUUUUGGUGCGCUCGUCAAAAAGAUUAUUUUCAUGAUAGAACUGCUUUUGACCAUAUGGCAAAUGUUGUAAAGAGACUCUUUCAGAACUUCGAUACAACCAAAGGAAUUCUUCAUCAGUUAGAGAAAGUUGGAUGUGUAGUAAAGCCACAAGUUUUUCUUCUUCUAUUGAGAAUUGUUUGGCACGGUAAACAUUACAAACAUGUCUUUGAAGUAGUCGAGGAAAUGAUUCAUUAUGGUUGCACCCCAAAUACAUUAUGCAGAAAUAUCGUCAUGGAUUCAUUGUUCAAAAUUGAGCGCAUUGAGGUAGCAAUGAGAGUGUUAAAGGAGACACAGGACCCAAAUUUCUUGACUUUCAAUGUGGCAUUGUGCAAUUUGUGCAAGCUCAACGAUCUAGCAAAUAUUCAGUAUGUUCUGAGAGAGAUGUUGAUGAGAAGGUAUUAUCCUAAUGCUGGAAACUUUUCAAUGGUUUUAAGUUGUUAUUGCAAAAAGGGUAGGCUAACCGAGACCUUACAAUUGCUAGGACUUAUGAUUGCACUGGGCAUUCCAAUUUCUGUUAACAUUUGGAGUAUUUUGGUUGAUGGUUUCUGUAAACAUGGAGAAAUGAAUAUUGCAAGUGGGUUAUUGGAUAAGAUGGUUGAGUGUGGAUAUACUCCUAAUGUAGUAACAUUCACACCUCUUAUUAAGGGUUUAAUGAAAUCACAAAAACUUUCAAAUGCACUUGAUGUUCUUCAUAACAUGGAAUCAAGAGGAUUGAUGCCCGAUUUAGUACUCUGCAAUGUGUUAAUAGAUUGUCUCUCUAAGAUGCAUAUGUUUGAUGCAGCACUCGAUAUUUUCUUUAGUAUGCGAAAGGAAAACCUUGUACCAGAUUCCUAUACACUAUCUUCUAUAAUAUCAACUGUAUGCUUAUCUCGAAACUUCACUCUUCUACCCAAACUAAUUCAUGACAUUCCCUUACACUAUGAUCUUCCAGUUUACAACUCCGUUUUGGGCUACCUUUGCAAAUCGGGUUUUCCAUCUAAUGCUGUUGAAUUUUAUGACGACAUGAUUUUCACAGGCUUUGUUCCAGAUGCAUAUACUUAUGCAGGAUUGUUGAGAGGUUUAUUUGGAAUGGGAUGGAUCUCUAGGGCGGUUAAUGAAUAUUCGGCUAUUGUGAAUCAGUACGGUGCAGAUCCUCAUAUUCAUACUAUCGCUAUGAAUGGACUUAUACGAUUAGGUAAAUUUCACAAGGCUAAUACUUUGUUUAGGAAUGCUGCUGCAGAGAAACAGCAACUAGAUGUAGUCUCUUACACUGUUGCCAUUCAUGGACUUCUCUCAAGUGGAAGAACCGAUGAGGCUUAUAAUUUGUAUCUUUUGAUGAAGAAUUCUGGUGUAGAUCCAAAUGUGUAUACAUAUAACAUAAUGGUAUCGGGUUUCUGCACAGUCAAAGAUAAUGAGAAGGUUGAAUGGCUAUUGCAAGAAAUGCUUGGUGCUGGGAUUCCACUUAACAACAAUACUUAUCAGAAGAUAAGAAAUCCGAUGCAUAGAUCACAAUCUUCUUAUUCGGUUGUUAGACUACUCUUUAAAAUGUGUUAUUCAGGUUUGGUGUCCAAAGAAGUGACGGUGGAACUUCUUGGUCAAGAAAUUCAUCCUCAAACUGAUCUAGACGAAAGAAGUAAAGGCCUAUUUGAACCUUCUUUGAUAGAUAGUAAUGCAUCAGAAUCCAAUAUCCAUCUCGAUUUGGCCACUUCUGUGGGUUGAGAGGCUAUAAUUGUUUAUGAAUGCAUGAUGAUGUUUGUUGAAGGCAAAAUCCCAGGUGCUCGUUCGGAGCCAUAGAAUCUCGCCCAAAUCCUUGUCUGAUCGGCUCAAAAUAUUUGUUCUGAAGAUAUAUACAAGUUAUCCAAAUGACGGACGGUUAGACCAUCUACAGGAAAUUGAAGGAGUGGGCAUCUCAGGAAAUGCUGUUUGAAGAAUAUGUAUAUGAUUUAUUUGUGCUAUCCUUUUUUUUAUACAUAAUAAGGUAUUAUUAGGUUAAUUGUUGUAGAUUAUGAAUUGUUUAUUUUUAAUGUGAAUAAUGUUAGCACAGUAGUACGAUACUUAUGAUGAAUUAUUAAAUUCAAGAAUGAUUAUUUGAACA